GCGAAAGGUCGUGACCAAACGCCGUAAAAAAGGAAAUAUUCGCGCGUAAAUUGAAAAAUAAUACUGUGUUCUGUGAUCAAUCGAAUCUGAUUUAUUUUUAUUCUUAAAUAAUAUUAUUUCGUAACGUUUUCAAUAUGGCAGUGUAAUUUUUACAAGAUAUAAAUAAUGAGCUAUUUUCUCAUACGACUUUAGUCUGUGAAAUAUCUUUAACAUUUUUAAGGAGUGUACAACCAAUUCAUUUUGAUGCUACGCGAGCAUAAAGUCAAAUAUAACAAUGAUGUCGGUUAUAACAUUUUCCAAAAUUUCGCAUACUUAUAGAAACGUUAAGUGGUGAAGUAGUAGUGGUAUGUGUGUAGUGUGACGAUGUAAAAUAUGUUUAAAAUGUGGUCAGUAAAGUGGAUCAGGCUAUUAGUGAUGCUGGCAGCGUGCUGGGCUCAAGAAGGCGAGUGGAGUGAAGAUGCUGAAGACUUGGUGUCGACAGUCGACGUUGACGCGGUGUUGGGGCGCACUGCCUCCCUGCCCUGUGACGUCACACCAGACGCUAUUGAAGAUCGCGUCUACAUGGUGCUCUGGUUCAGAGCAGGAAAAGCCACGGGUGGAAAACCUAUAUACAGCUUCGACGUCCGCGGGCGCUCGUUCAACAAAGCCCUCCAAUGGUCCGACCCUAACGCUUUCGGUCCCCGGGCGUAUUUCGCGACAGUCGCCCGUCCGGCUGCCCUCACCCUCGACACGGUUCAGCUAGACGACGAGGGAGUCUACCGAUGCCGGGUCGACUUCAAGAACUCGCCAACAAGAAACUUUCAGAUACGGCUAUCCGUUAUAGUGCCACCGCAUCAACUCAUUCUGUACGAUAAAUCAGGACGAGACGUGUCCGGAGUCGUAGGACCUUUAGAAGAGGGCAACGAACUCGUUCUUAUCUGCGAAGUGAGAGGAGGUCGUCCAGCACCUACCGUCAUUUGGCUGAUUGAUGGCACACCUGCGCCUCAGUACAUCGGUGAGAAGACCGAUACGCACGUGGUCGUCAAUCGAUUAGAACUGCCACACGUCAGAAGAAGUCACUUGAACACAACCUUCAAAUGCCGAGCGUCAAAUACGAAUCUAGUCAGUCCACAAGAGAAGACCGUCAGAUUGGAAAUGAAUCUGAAACCGAACAUGAUAGAGAUCCUGAACAAACCAGUCACCUUAUCGUCGGAGCGACACGUCACGCUAACGUGCGUAUCGGAAGGCAGCCGACCCUCAGCCCAGCUCACUUGGUUCAAAGAUAACAGAAAAUUUAAAAGGGGAAAGGUAACCGAAGGAACGAACGAGACGUGGGUCAGCAGUCAGUUGAUGUUCACCCCAUUACCUGACGAUGACAAUGUCCAGCUUAAGUGCCAAGCGGACAAUAACGCCUUACCCGGCCAGAGCAUAGAAGAUUCAUUCAAACUGAAUGUUGUAUAUCCUCCCGUCGUGUCGUUGUCAUUGGGCAGUACCUUAAAUCCACAUGAGAUAAAAGAAGGUGACGACGUCUACUUCGAAUGCUCAGUCAAAGCUAAUCCACGGGAACAUCGGAUAUCAUGGUAUCAUAACGACAAACAAGUUCUUCAUAACGUGGUAUCGGGAGUAAUCGUGAGCACCAAGUCUCUGGUUCUACAGAAAGUGACAAGAGAUCUGGGAGGAGACUACUCUUGCAGGGCCACUAAUGCUCUCGGUGAAACGGCCAGCCAGACAACACAUCUCAGUAUACAAUAUGCACCAGUUUGUUCGCAUCCAACACCUCAAGUACUAGGAGCACAAAUAGAAGAAGCAUUGAGAGUGAGAUGCUCUGUGACAGCCAACCCUCCGGACGUGACGUUCUUCUGGCAAUUUAACAACAGCGGCGAGAGUCUAGACGUAUCUCCGCUAAAAUUUGGUACAGCGAACGGCAGUACCAGCGAAUUGGUGUACAAACCUCAGAGCGAGCGUGACUUUGGAACACUUAGCUGUAGAGGCGCCAACACUGUCGGAAGACAACUGGAGCCAUGUGUCUUCCAAAUUGUGCCAGCUGCAAGGCCAACGGCACCACGCAACUGUUCUCUUCAAGUAAGCAACACCAGUAUAGAAGGCAUGAGCUCCUGGCUCCGGAUCCGCUGCGUUGCUGGCUACGACGGAGGAUUACCUCAGUUUUUCAUUCUCGAAGCACUAGACCCCAUCACGGGCAAGACCAGAUUGAAUAGCAGCGUUAAUGAAACCGAUGGCCUCGCUAUGUUCAAGUUGGAUCUGUCCCAACUCACUUCGACGGGCGAGGGAGAUAGCGCAACAUUCAAUUUGUUGAUAUACGCUAAGAAUUUAAAAGGGGACUCAGAAAAAACUCUCCUGGAAAAUAUUGCGUUCAACGAUGCGGCUAGAAGAACAGACGGCAAAACAACAAUGGGAGGAGUGACCCUUGGUAUUUUAGUAGCCGCUGCCCUUGGAGCUACAUUAGCUUUAGCCGGCUUGGCUUUUGGAGCACUUUGUGCUAGAAGACGAAGAUCCCAACCUCCCCACAAACAUCCGCCAAGAGAUAUGCUGGAACUCAGCGAUGGUGGAAGAAGAUACGUUGUUGCCUACACUAUCAAGCCAUCCCCGGAUUCAAAAACUCCAGAUCCACAACCAGAUAUUCUUAAUGCACCAGAUGCUGACGGCCAAGUACCAAAACUAGACGAUGCUGAUGAGUGGCCUAGUAUAAAGGAAGUUCGAGGAGAAUGGACCAAAUCCGGUGCAGUUUUCUCGGCGGAAGAUUUAGCGUUGUUAGAUUCAGCCGUGCGACCACAACAGCUAACUCCAGGUAACGAAGUCGUACCUAAUAGCAGACAAGACGAUGUUUUAAACCAGAAUUUACCCCAACCAAUAGGUAGUAAUAAUUUUAGGGCCAACUAUGGAACAAAUAGUCCUACUUUGGGUAGUCCCAAUUUUGUUUGUCCCAAUGGUAAUUUAGGAUCGCCAUUUGGGAGCCAAUCUUUAGGCCUCAGUGGGCCAACUUUAAGCUCCAGUAGCCUCGCUACUUCGACUUUACAUAGAACCAAAGGAAAAGGUAACACGCGGAGAAGAGAACAUGUCUUAGCUGAAAACUUACCUGGACCCGAAAGUUGCGUCUAGAACUUUACUUAUGAUUAAUAUUCAGAAAGGCCUACUAACUUAUUUAGUUAUUAAUGUCAUCUUGGACGAUGAGUUAUAUUUUCAUAGUUAUCGGAUCUAUUUAUGUAAUAUGAUUGUGUAUUCAUUGGUUGAGACAUCUUGACAUUUUAAAGUACCUUUCUAAUAUAAUUUCACUUUCAUUACUAAACCAAAACUAUAAAAAACAUAAUCCUAAAUUUCAAACUUAUUGUUAAAAUGAUAUUUAUGAAAUAGUUUCUAAAAUGACAGUAUUGCGUUAUUGUUAA